AUGUAUCUGAUAGGCAGCCAGUCGUACAAGGCCGGACAAUAUGUUGAGGAGAGCGGCGUGCAUCUUCUCAGCAACGCCGAGGGGGGUCUUCUCCGGUGGUAUACACCGCGAAUUCUGACAAAUGGUGCAAAUGUCCUUGGCGCUUAUCGCAAUGCUAUCGCCUCUUGCCUGGUCCCUCCGAUUAAGCGAAGAGGUCAUGAAGCGCAUGAAGCACAUUUGGCUGCAUCAUCAGGCGAUUCCGCUGCUGGUCACACCACUCGUGCCAGCGUUCAGCACCUCAUUGUCAUGUCGCCGUCUCCGCUCAACCUCCGCUCUCUCUGCGCAGCGUUUUCCUACGUUAACUUACGACCCAUUGGAUGCGAAUACAUAGUGCAAAUCAAGGGGCAUCAUUGGGUGCUCGUAAAAACCAACAUCACCAUUUUAGCGGAAUCGUAA